AAAUUGAUCAGGCUUUUGCGUCACUGUCAGAACAAGAGUCAAGCACAUCCUCUGUAUCGAAUCAAUCUUGAAUACCACGUCUUUGGUUUCUUCAUCCAGUUAACAAAGAAAAAGAGGAUGUCAGGACCUGAAUGUUGCAGCAACCCACCAAGCCUAAGCUCAAACAGUGGAUCAGGAUCCGUCACUCAACUUGCAGGCUUAAAAGCCUAUGUCUCCGGCUCUUCUCAGUCCAAACUUGCCAUACUUCUUGUUUCUGAUGUUUUUGGUUAUGAAUCGCCGAAUCUAAGGAAGCUGGCUGACAAAGUUGCUAAUGCUGGAUUCUACGCGGUGGUACCCGAUUUCAUGCAUGGAGAGCCCUAUGAUCCAAAUAAUGUUGAGAAGCCUAUCCAAGACUGGCUGAAAAUCCACAAUACUGACAAAGGAUUUGAAGAUGCAAAACCAGUUUUUGCAGCUCUGAAAAGUCUAGGCAUAACAACAGUUGGAGCUGCAGGAUUUUGCUGGGGCGCUAAGGUGGUUGUGGAACUAGCGAAGUCUGCUCAUAUUCAAGCCGCGGUGCUGUUACACCCUUCGUUCUUUAAUUUGGAUGAUGCUAAGGAGGUUAAGGUGCCCAUGGCUAUAUUGGGAGCUGAGGUUGACAAUCACUCUCCUCCUGAACUCCUCAGGCAAUUUGGGGAGAUCCUUGUAUCUACCGAAGUUAAGUCUUUUGUAAAGAUCUAUCCUGGUGUUGCACAUGGAUGGGCAGUUAGGUAUAAACCUGAAGAUGAAUCUGCUGUGAAAUCGGCUGAAGAAGCACAUCAGGACAUGCUGGACUGGUUUCUUGCACAUAUCAAAUGAAGAAAAAGGGACACUGUUUGAUUAUUAGUAGUUCUUUUUUGUUGUUAUGCAGUGGAUGAACUGUUGUAAGAUAUGCUACAAAGUUUAACAUGCUUCAUAACUUUGAUGACUGAAGUUUAAUAAUAAAAAUAGACGGCAUUUUGGAGAUGUGCAUCUCCACACAA